UUUAGCUUUAACAAGGUAUAUGCUACGGGGUUCAAUGAGUUCAAUUCCUGUUAACAUUCUUCUCCUUUCCUUGCUCCUUGUAGUAAGUGUUAGUCUUUGCUUCAGCUAUGGAAGCUUUACUCAAGGUUGCAGCCGGAUUGAGAGAGAUGCCCUUUUAAAGUUCAAGCAUGAUCUCAAAGACCCUUCAAACCGUCUUGCUUCUUGGGCUGGUUUUGGAGGGCAUUGUUGCACUUGGCGUGGAGUCAUUUGUGACAAUGUAACUGGCCAUGUCAUUGAGCUCCGUCUAAGAAGUAUUUCUUUCGAAGACUAUCUUGCUUCUAGUGGUGCUUCCCCUCAAUAUGAAGAUUAUCUGAAGUUAAUCUUGAGUGGUAGGAUCAAUCCUUCAUUGGUCAGCUUGAAGCAUUUGAGGUACUUAGACCUACGAAACAAUGACUUUGGAGGAGUUCAAAUUCCCAAAUUCAUUGGCUUGAUAGGGAGCUUGAAACACCUUGACCUUUCAGAUGCUGGGUUUGCAGGUACGAUUCCUCACGGACUAGGAAAUCUCUCAGAUCUUCACUACCUUAAUCUCCAUGAUUAUUCUUCCCAGUUCAACGUUGAGAAUUUAAAUUGGCUCUCUCAACUUUCUUCACUAGAAUUUCUUGAUUUAAGUCUUGUGCAUCUUGGUAACGUUUUUAAUUGGUUAGAGGUGAUAAACACACUCCCUUCUUUGGUAGAAUUACACUUGUCAUAUUGCCAACUUCCUCCUGCUCCUCCAAUUCUCUACGUUAACUUUUCAUCCCUUUCUAUUCUUGAUUUGUCAUCCAACUAUGUUGAUGAAUCUGCAAUUUCCAUGCUAAACUUUCCUAGAUGGGUUUCUCAUCUUAAAACUCUUCUUUCUCUUAACCUGGCAAAUAAUAAUUUUCAAGGUCCAAUCCCGAAUGGUCUUCAAAACUUGACAUUGCUUAAGGCACUUGAUUUAUCUAUCAAUCACUUCAGUUCUUCUAUACCCGAAUGGUUGUAUGGUUUCGAACAUCUUAAGCUCAUCAAUCUUCGAUCCAACAACUUGCAAGGUGUUCUAUCAAGUUCCAUCGGAAACAUGACCUCCUUGAUUAGCCUUGACUUGUCAUUAAAUCAUGAGCUCAAAUUCGAAGGAGGAAUUCCGGGAUCAUUCAAAAAACUUUGCAAUUUGAGGGCACUGUCCUUGUCAAACGUUAAACUGAACCAAGAUAUGGCUGAGGUCCUUGAAGUUCUGUUAGGAUGUGUUUCGGAAGAGGUUGAGUCGUUAGACUUGGCUGGUUGUCUAUUAUUUGGUCAGUUGACCAACCAUCUUGGGAAAUUUAGGAAUCUAGCUUACCUUGGUCUAAGGUCUAAUUCUAUUUCAGGUCCAAUUCCAAUGGCUUUAGGAGAAUUAGUGUCCUUAAGAAUUCUUGACCUCUCUGAUAAUAAGUUGAAUGGAACUCUUCCAAAAUCUUUUGGGGAGCUUACGAAGUUGGAAGAGAUGGAUAUUUCUCACAAUUUAUUUCAGGGUGAAGUUUCUGAAGUUCACUUUGCAAACCUCAAAAAUUUGAGAAACUUUUCUGCUGCCGGAAACCAGCUGAAUUUGAUAGUAAGUCCUGAUUGGAUUCCUCCUCAACUUGUGUUCAUUGAUUUGAGAUCUUGGAAUGUUGGGCCUCGAUUCCCCAAGUGGGUUCGUCCACUUGAGCAUUUGUCAUAUUUGGAUAUCUCUAACUCGAGUAUUUCGAGUACUAUUCCUAUUUGGUUCUGGACCAUGUCAUUUCGAAUGGAGUAUUUAAAUCUCUCCCACAAUCAAAUCCAAGGGGUGAUUCCCAGUAAACUCAAGCUUGAUUUUACUGCUUCCUACCCUUUAGUCGACUUGAGCUCGAAUCAAUUCAAGGGUCCAUUACCAAGUAUAUUCUCUAAUGUGGGUGCAUUAGAUCUCUCCAACAAUUCAUUUUCAGGUUCCAUGCUCAACUUCUUAUGCCAUAAGAUAGAUGAGUUGAAGAAUAUGCAAGUUCUUAACCUCGGAGAGAAUCUUUUAUCUGGAGUGAUACCAGAUUGUUGGUCGAGCUGGCAAUAUUUGGUGGCGAUAAAAUUGAGCAACAACAAACUCAGUGGCAACAUUCCUGAUUCCAUUGGAGCUUUGAGCUUGCUUGAGUCAUUGCACAUUCGCAACAGCAGCCUAUCAGGUAAACUACCAAUUUCGUUGAAAAAUUGUACGAAGUUGAUCACACUUGAUGUUGCUGAAAAUGAAUUAGUCGGAAGCAUGCCAGCAUGGAUUGGAAAGAGGUUCUCAAGCAUGGUUGUCCUCAACAUGCGAGCAAACAAGUUUCAUGGCCGCAUACCGAGAGAGCUAUGCAAUCUAGCUUCUUUACAAAUCCUGGACCUUGCUCAUAAUCGCCUCUCGUGGAGUAUACCAACUUGUUUCAAUAAACUCAGUGCCAUGGCUACAAGAAACGAUUCUCUUGGAAAGAUUUAUUUGGACAGUGGAUCGUCUACCUUUGACAAUGUGCUUCUUGUGAUGAAAGGAAAAGUUGUCGAGUACAGUACUAUUCUUAAAUUCGUAAGGAGCAUCGACCUUUCCAGCAAUGCUUUAUGUGGGGAGAUUCCUGAGGAAGUUACACGUCUCAGUGAAUUACAAUCUUUGAAUCUAUCCCAAAAUUCCUUGACAGGAAGAAUUCCUGAAGGCAUAGGUUCCCUUCGAUAUUUGGAAUCCAUGGAUUUUUCUGUAAACCAACUUUCUGGCGAAAUCCCUCGAAGCAUGUCAGAUCUGACGUUUCUAAGCCAUUUGAACUUAUCCGACAAUAGACUACGGGGAAGAAUUCCUUCAGGGACUCAAUUACAAAGCUUUGGUCCAUCUAGUUUCAGUGGCAACGAGCUCUGUGGACCUCCACUCUCCAAGAAUUGCAGCGUGGAUAACAACUUUCAUGUUGAGCAUGAAAGGGAAGAGGAUGACAAUGGACUCAAGGGUAGGUGGUUCUAUGUGAGCAUGGUACUGGGUUUCAUUGUGGGGUUCUGGGGUGUAGUCGGUCCUUUAAUGUUUAAUAGACGGUGGAGAUACGUAUAUUAUCAUUUCUUGGACAGAUUGAGAGACCAAAUUUGGUGGCGUUUCAUGUAAUAAAUAUCAUAUACGUAUAUAUGUAUGUAUCAACAAGUGUUUGUAGUGUAGACUAAGUAUGUGUGUGUUUUACUAUUUCAUGUAUUAUCUAGAUCAUAAAUCUUUUGUAAUUUUGUAAGCUUUUAUUUUACAUCAUAAAAGUUUAAGUCGAACGUGGUUUUUUUACCUCUAUAUUAAUUAGAGGGUUUUCCACGUAAAAGAAUAGAUUAAAAAAUGAUGUUUUUAUUUUGCUA